CAAAAAGCGAAUGUACUAAAAAAGUACAUGAACUUUCAUAAGAAAAGGCGGUACUCUUGAUGUUACUCCAACUGAAGUAACCUUAGUCAAAGCUAGAAACAGUGGUCUAGACUCUUGAUAAACAAUCAAAACCUUAAAUUUGACUCAGAGAGGAAAAAUACCACUAUCCUUUUAAGUGGCGCUCGAGAUUUAGCAUCUUGUUUGCUACUCAAACAGCGGAGGGUAUCAGACAUAAUGCGUCUGAACUCAAAUCAAAUUUCAGUUUGUCUUGACCCAGUUGCUUCUGGAAAAGCUUACAAACUAUCAAGGUGACUCACCAAUCGUAUUACGACAGUUUGACCUUCAAGUGCUCAGAGGUAUUCAGCGGCGGACGAUGCUAAUAAAUCGUUACCGGACCACGGGUAUCCGAUGCUGUGGCUACCUUGAGGAUGGAAGAAAAGAAUCACUCUCAGGUUUAUUGUCAUGAUGACCGACCUCCUGGUUUCGUAGACGCUGUUCUUAAACCAUGUACUAGUUUGCCAGAAGGUGUUCAUCUUCAAGUAAAGGGAUAUGAUUUUAACGCUGGUCUAAAUUACGAUGCUUUGUUCUCAUCUUUUGAAUGUAUUGGAUUUCAGGCAACUCAUUUUGCAAAGGCUGAACAUGUUCUGAAUGAAAUGAUUAAUAAACGGAAUUUAAAACCUACUUCACGCGAAGAAAUUGAAUUAGCUCAAGUUUUACAAGACUUUCAUCCUUUAAAUAGACCUUUAUCAGAAUGUACUAUAUUUUUGGCUUAUACAUCAAAUAUGGUGAGCUCUGGUGUUCGAGAAGUUAUACGUUUUCUGGCCGAACAUAACAUGGUUGAUGUGAUAGUCACUUCUGCUGGUGGUGUAGAAGAAGACUUUAUCAAAUGUCUGGCUCCUUCAUAUAUAGGAGAUUUUGAAAGAUGGCGUGGUCAUGAAUUAAGAGAAAUCGGUGUAAAUCGUAUUGGCAAUCUACUUGUGCCAAAUAAUAAUUACGUUAAAUUUGAACAAUGGCUUCUACCCAUUCUAGAUGAAGUUUUAGAAGAGCAAAAUUCCCAGAAUAUAAAUUGGACCCCGUCUAAGUUGAUCAAUCGUCUAGGUAAAGAAAUCAACCAUAAAGACUCCAUAUAUUAUUGGUGCUAUAAAAAUAAAAUUCCGGUAUUUUGUCCCGGUUUAACCGAUGGUUCGCUGGGUGAUGUCCUUUUAGUCACACUUAUCGAUCCCCUGGUUUAAAAAUAGAUCUAGUUGAAGAUAUUCGAAAUAUCAAUUUACUGGCAAUUAAUGCUCGUGCUACAGGAAUGAUAGUACUAGGUGGUGGUCUUAUAAAACAUCACACAUUCAAUGCAAAUUUGAUGCGAAAUGGAGCUGAUUAUUGUGUACUUAUCAACACAGGACAAGAAUUUGAUGGUAGUGACGCCGGUGCUAGACCAGAUGAAGCUGUAAGUUGGGGAAAAAUUAAAGGUUUAGCUGAACCGGUUAAGAUUAAUGCCGAUGCAUCUUUAAUAUUCCCAAUUUUAGUUGCACGGACAUUUGUUAAACAAGUUCAGACAUAAUCUUUUGAAAUAAACAGAUUUCGUUAUGAAAA